CACGUUAUCUCAUAAUAGAUAUCAUUUUGCACAGACAACUAUAAUUUAAUAUAGAAUCGAUAAUCAGUCGUUUGUGCGUGUUUUUUCGUGCAUAGAUUUACAGAAAUUUCGAAUCAUAAUAAAUACUCAUAUUUCUUUGUGGUGAAUAAGUCUAAAGUGCAACAGUCAUUACUUUUUCUGAAACAUGUGUAUAUAACUCAUGUUCUGAAAAUAUGACGUUUAUAGUAUAACGGUUCGAUUUCUGUAAUUAUAAGACUAUCAUUCGAAGUAGUGACUGCUGCUGCAAAUGCUUUACUGUUAAGUGAACAUGGAUGAAUUUUUCGAUCAAGAGCGUUUCAAUUCACACAUAUUACCAACUCUUCAUAAAUCGAUAGAUACACUAGCGAUAAAACUUAAAAUUGUCGCUCAGCGAUUGAAAAAAGGAAAAAGAAAACGAAAAAAUAAUUCCGAAAAAAUAGAUAGUUCUGGCACGAAUGAGUUUAAGAAAAUUAUUCCGAAAAAUAUAACUGCAGAGAAUACAUUUGACACUAAUUUUGAUGGUAUCAUCAACUCUGAAAAUAAUAAUUUUUUUCUUGAAAUUGACAAGAAAGACAAUGACAGUGCUGGAGCUCCAUCGAAUUUCAAUGUUGCGGAUACGUAUGCUAGAGAUACUGUCACAGAUGAAAACAGUAAUGAUACUUCACUUCUUAUGGCCAAUACGAUCACCUACAAGCAACUAAUUAUUGGCACAUUAAGACUUAUCAGUUACAUUUAUCGAUCACCAAAUGUGGCUUAUGAAGAUUCCGAAACCAUCAUGAAAAAUGGUAAUAUUGAUUACUUAUUGCUGAAUAAAAUAUCGGUUCCUUUGAUUAAUCAGUUGUUUAAUUUAUACCAUGCAUUUGGUAAUAAAUUUUUUUUCAUAAAUCGUAGAAAAAGAGUUUCGAAAGAAAUGCGUUCAGUCAUGAGUCAUUCUACAGUAGCCAUGAAUUUCUUAUUUAAACUUAUUUUCGAGAUUUCUCCAUGUGCAUUAGUUUCUGUACUAUUCAUGUAUAUACAAAACGAUGAGUAUGCAAAAUCAUGUUGUUCGAUAUUACGAGACUAUUUGAUACCUUACAUAACUAAAUUUAGUCGUUUGCGACAUGAACAAUUAGUUUAUGAAAUGCGAUUACGACAAAUGAUCACUGAUAAAGAUUAUAUGCAACUUUUUGACAUUCUUAAAAUUGAUAUCGAACGGGUAAUUUACAGAAAGUAUCCACUACCAUUCAACUUGAAUAAUAAUUUAAAAUCGUUGCAUAUUCUUAAGUAUCAUAUGUAUAAAAGAAACACAAAGAAUAUCUAUUAUUACGAAUCUGAAGACGCUGUUCAACUAAUGUCGAAGAAGGGAGAUAGUGCUUCACUGAUAGUUUUUGUAAGAGGAAUGUGCGUAUUUAUAUUUGAUGUUUUGGAACUAAAUGGAGAGAAUUUAGAAGAAAAAAGUUGGGCUGAACGCUUGGCACUAUAUAAGCCCUUUCUGAAAGAGAGAUGUGAAAAUAUUAUUACCGUAAAAGAAAUUCAUGAAUCAGAAUUGGAUUCUUUAAUCAAACGACCCACGUUUAUUUACGUUAAAACUUGUGGAUUUGGACUAGGAACAUUUUUUGAAACUUUUCAUAAAUAUGAACGGAAAGGGCGACGAACGUCCAUCAUUACUGAACUACCGCGUUAUAACUCAUCUUUUAAGCUUCAAAAUUCAUCAAUCAAACCAAUGCCUUCAUCAAUGUCACAAAUAAAAAAAAAUAAGUUCGCUAUUAUCGAUCAAUUAUAAAAAUUGAUUUAUCCGGAAAAAAAUCGUCAGGCAUGAUCAUGCUUGAUCACGAAUGAGUUAUACAUGAUCAAGUAUGAACUAUGUAUGGUCAUGCAUAACAGAGCAUGCUCAAUCAUGACCUUUCCUGGUAGAUCAUAUCUCUAGAUACAAUUAUUCCUUACGUAAGUAAUGAGCAAGUCUGAUCUAGAAUGAGCCAUGCAUGAUCAUGCUUGAUCACGAACGAGUCAUGUCUGGCCAUGCAUGAAUCAUGUCUGGCCAUGCAUAGUCAGGCACGAAUAAUGCAUGAAUUCUGCAUGAUCCUAUAUGAUCAUGCAUGGUGAUUUUUUCCCGGGUAAUAAUUAUCAUGUUUAACAAGGGUUCGUACUUCUCUCUCUAUUACACUCAAGUCCACGAACGGUACUAUCUUUGUUGGACUUACGCAGUAAAUGGAAACUUUGGCUGAGUUUUUCGCUUAAACAAACGAAUAUUGUCAAACAAUUAAAGCGCACUUCGCUAGAUUAGACAGCAGUGCAUCAAUGUUCGGUCUGUAUUUUGUAUUUAGAAAUUUUGUUUCCGAAAAAAACUCAGCCGAAAAUAUCUGAUAACCCCUGUUAAUCAUCAAAUUUAACAAAAGUUACACAAUUAAUUCUUAUUUCGUUGUUUACAUAGGCUUUUAUGAUAUUUCUAUGAUCGGUAAAAAAGUCGAUAUUUGAUAGUUAGAAGAUUUAGUCAAUUCAUUUAGUUUCUAUUAAUGAUUGAUUUUUGUACUUUGAUUGUGUAAAAUUACGUAAAAUUAUCGAUAGUAAUUUUCAAAACUUAAGACUAUUAAAAAAAUAUAUGCUUUUUUCCCUACGAUUUCUCUUCAUAUUUUGUAACUUUAUCGAGAAUAAAUCUUUAUGAAAACAUUUUUCACGUGGCAGUUUGAUAUAAAUUAUGACAGAGUGAUUAGCUUGCCAAGUCUGGUCGCACCUAAGUAUUAUAGUCGAAUAUUAGGGCGCCACUGGAAGAUGAUGGACUCGGCCUUCCAGAACCGGAUGUUAAUGUAAAUUGAUUUUAUAUGCUCAGGGUCGUUCGUAAUUUUUAUAAUUUUGUGAGAGAGGAGAGGAAUGAUGAACAGGCUGAAAUAAAUUUUAUUUAAAACUAUGCUUUCAAUUUUAAUUAUUAUAAGCACCUUGCUUAUUAUUUAUUUACCCUUAAUAACAAUUAUAACCUUAUGACAAACUAAAUUCUUAUGACAAACUAAUUUCCUCGUCCCCUGGACGUUUCCUUAUGACAAACUAAAUUUUUCCUCGUCCCCUGGACGGAAUCUUAUGACAAACUAAUAACGUCCCCUGGACGUUUCCACACACACACUCCCACGUUAA